AUGUUAUCCCUCAAUAUUUCAUCUUACUCGAACCCAUCGGGGUAUCAGGUCUCGGACUUGCCCAAGCCGCAACUCGACAACUCAAAAGACGUGAUUGUCAAGGUGCAUGCAGCGAGCAUCAAUCCAAUCGACGUCAAAAGAGCUGAUGGAGCUCUUAAGUUGGCGAUGAAGGAUUCUUUCCCGUAUAAAAUCGGAUAUGACUGUGCUGGUAUAGUUACUGAGGUUGGACGAGAUGUGAACCGGUUCAAAGCGGGAGAUGCGGUCUAUAUCAGGCUGCCAGAGGUUUCCCGAGGAUCAUGUAGCGAGUUUGUUAAAUGUGCGGAGGAAUAUAUUGGCUUGAAGCCGCCCUCGUUGUCUUUUGAAGAGGCUGCCUCGAUUCCGCUGGCGGCGAUGACAGCACUUCAGGCACUUAGGAAGUAUCAUGGUAGUCUUGCUGGGAAAACAGUAUUUGUGCCCGCUGGAUUAAGUGGAACGGGUUUAUUUGCGUGUCAACUUGCAAAGAAUGUCUUCCAUGCAGGCAAGGUCAUUACUACGGUCUCGACUGCGAAAAUUCCGAAGUUGAAAGAGCUGUUGGGUGAGAACACGGUAGAUCAGAUUAUCGAUUACACAAAAUCCGAGCCAAGAGAUGUCAUUGAACAUGGCUCGGUGGACUUUCUCUUCGAUACAGUCGGCCUUGCUAUGCAGUACCUGUGCCUGAUGCGCCCAGGAUUCAGCCGUAUUAUAUCCGUCGCAACUUUGCCAUCUGGUAACCAGCUCCAGGAUUCGUCGCUGAUGGACCUACCUCAUCGCCCUACUAUUCCUAUUCCCUUCCGACUGGGACUUAAUAUGCUCGAUCAAGUUCGCAAGCUUAGAGCACGACGGUACGGGGUGGAGUAUUCAUAUAUGUUUCUGGCAUCCACCGGCAAAGACUUGGACGAGUUAAGGCGCUAUGUUGAAGAAGGCAGACUGAGAACAGUUGUAGGCACGGUUGUGGAGUUUCGAGAUAUAGAGUCGGUGCGGAAUGCUUGCGAUGUGGUUUAUAGUGGAAAGGGUGGUCUUGGGAAGUUGGUGAUUCGUGUCGAUAAGAGUGAAAACCUAUCUUAG